AUGGCAAAAUUUUAUGACGAGAUCCCGCUGAAGCUCAUCGAAUGGAUCUUGAAGCAGCAGAUGUUUUGGGUAGCUACGGCUGCGCUGCAGGGAGACGGGCAUGUCAAUGUCUCUCCCAAGGGUACUGCGAAUUGUUUCCACGUCGAGAGUCCUACCAGAGUUUGGUAUGAGGACCUUACGGGCAGUGGUAUCCCUGGAAACGGUCGUAUCACGAUUCUCUUCAACGCGUUCGAAGGACCUCCUAGAAUCCUCCGGUUGUGGGGAAAAGGCACCGUAUACGAAUUCGGCACGCCAGAAUACAACGAGUUCAUUCCCCUGUCCGACCGCAAAGCUGGCUCGCGCGCGAUUAUCGUCAUCGAUGUGCACAAAGUCGGAACGUCAUGCGGUUUUGGCGUCCCAUUUUACAAAUAUGAGACCCAGCGUACCGUCCUCGAGCGCUGGUGUGACUCGAUGGAAAUUUUCGACCGUGAUGGCGAAGCUCGCCAAUCCCCUCCCCCAUAUGAAUCCGAGGCCCCCGUAAAAGACCCGCGUGGGAUCAAAGCGUGGUGGACUGCUGAGAAUCUCGAGAGUUUCGACGGCCUCCCGGGCCUACAAUCCGCACAUGACAGCAGCAUCCUGCCUAUCAACACAUUCGACAAAAAGGCUUCGCAUCGUAGUAUUGGUCAGAUUAGGGCUGCCGCCGAGACAAAGGCUACGGAGAGAGGUGCCAACGCCAACGCUAAGCCGAAUUCGAGGGAAACAAUGAGACUGUUGAUGGCUUUUGGAGUGGGGGUCAUGAUGACGAAAUGGUUCCACACAUGA